AUGGCUGCUUAUCGUGCUAUUCUCUCUAUUACAAGGUAUAUUGAAAUUGGUAUAAACGUUGAUGUUCGAAUGAGACAUAAAACUACAUACUUCAUUCAAUUAGAUGUAUACGGAUCCCGUUUCUGCUAUCCCGAUGCAAUGAACCUUUGCGUUGAUAUCUCGACUGGCAGCAAUAAUGUUACAUUCAAUGUGGAGGCAUCGGCUGAUAUAGGGUGGGUUGGCGUUGGCGUUGGUGAUGGCAUGGUUGGAGCAUACUUGAUGAUAGUAUGGCCCAACUCUGAUGGGUCAGUCACAAUAUCGCAGCGAAAGGCCACUGAUCAUGAUCUGCCGAAUCCGACCAAUCAACAAGCCGAUCUCACACUCGAUUCAUCAAGUGGAUUAAAAGAUGGUAAAUUUCGAGCGGCUUUCUCUCGGCCUCUACGAGUGCAAGGUUCAAUCGUAUCAGCAAGUACCAAAAACUUUAUAUACGCUGUAUCGGAUCAAAAGGUCCCGGAAAGUAAAUAUGAUACAAAUACCUUGCAGCAACACUUGUACCGAGGAUACAUAAUAUUGGGCAAUAAUAACAGAUUGUUAGUUGCGCAUGCCGUAAUAAUGUUUCUUGCGUGGGCUGUAUCUGCACCAACAGCUGUCUUCAUUGCCAGAUUCGGAAGACAAAAACUUCCCAAAUCUUGGUUCCAUCUACACUGGAGCAUGCAAACAUUUUUAACUAUUCCUCUAGUUAUCAUUGCAUUUGUCCUUGCAUAUGUGGGUCGAGGCAAAAAAUUCGAUGCUGGAGUAGCACAUCAGGCAAAUAUUACCUCCCGUUUCAAUAAUUUGUGCUCUUAA